AUGGAGCCCGUAAAGCCCAUACACAUCACCACACCAUCCACAACCCUGCUUGCGCGGGUGAGGACAAUGGUGCCUCCGAUGUUGGAGAAAUUUCACAAAGGUCAAUUGGGUCGAGUUGCAGUCAUUGGUGGUAGUGCCGAUUAUACGGGAGCGCCGUAUUUUUCAGCAAUGGCUUCCGCGCGAUUAGGUUGUGAUCUCAGUCACGUCAUAUGUGAAAGAUCGGCUGCACCGGUCAUAAAAGCAUAUUCCCCAAACCUAAUGGUCCACCCCAUCCUCCCUAGCACAGCAUCAGUCUCAGAAUCCCCAUCCGAAGACCCAGCAUCCCUCGCCAGCCCCAUCCUCGACAUGCUUCCACGCCUCCACGUGCUCGUCAUCGGCCCCGGCCUAGGCCGAGAUGGCGUAACCCAAAAAGUCGUGAUAGAAAUCAUGAAAGAAGCACGCAACAAAUCUGUACCCUUUGUCCUUGAUGCAGACGGAUUAAUGCUUGUAAUCGAAAAGCCAGAUCUUGUAAAAGGGUACAAGGAAUGUAUUCUGACUCCCAAUGUUGUUGAGUUUGGUCGCUUGGCGAAGGCGCUUGGUGUGCAGGUGUCAACUACUAAGGAUCAGGAUGAUGAGAAGGAGUUGAGUAAGGCGUCGGAGGCAUGUGAGAAGCUUUCGCAGGCGUUGGGGGGAGUUACGAUUAUUCAGAAGGGGGCCAAGGAUGUGAUUUCUAAUGGUGUCACGAGUAUCAUAUCCGAUUUAAGAGGAGGGUUGAAGCGUAGCGGUGGGCAGGGUGAUACCCUUACAGGUUCUCUUGGAACAUUAAUGGCUUGGCGCGCAGCAUACCACAAUGGAUUAUGGGACACUGGUGAGAAGUCUUCCAAGUCUACCGCACAGAGCAAGGAUGAAGUGCAGGCCGAAAUUGAGAAUAAGGGUACGAAAAUGUCGCCAACUACAACCCUUCUUCUGGCGGCGUAUGCUGGAAGUGCGAUUACGAGGGAUUGCUCGAGACGAGCUUUUGAAACCAAGGGCAGAAGUUUGCAGGCUAGUGAUUUGACGGAUCAGGUUCAUGAGGCGUUUUUGGAUCUGAUUGGGGAGCCGGAGGCGAAAUUGUAG